ACACACCCACAUGUGUAUAUAUAUAUGUAUGUAUAUGGAGAGAAAGAUAUAGAGAGAUGGUGUAGUGAGCUGCUCCCUUUUGCAGUAGCAGAAAAAUUGAUAAUCUUGAUCUUCAUCAACAAGAAAGGAGACCUACCUUACCAAAGUAAGAAUUUUUACACUAUUUUCAACAACCCCAAAGAACAAUUUCCAUUUGGAUCACAAUCUUUUAGACCCUUACAAAUUCUUUUCUUAAUUUUAGCUGUUUCCCAACAGAUUAUUAAUGUUGUACACAAGAUACCUUUGUGUUGGUAGCUUCAAUCCAGCUGAAACACAGCAUAUUUUUGGAUAAAUAAUUUGACAUUAUUCAAAUUUCCCUUUUUCAUUUCUGGGAAAAGUUUGAUUUUAAAAGGUUGGUUUCAUGCAGAGGCUUUUCUGGGUUUGAGUUUUCAAUUUGCCCCAAAUGCUGUUCUUCUGUAAUUGUUUCAGUUACAUAGGGUUUUGCUUGAUUCUGGUGUUUAAUUGUUUGUUCCUUAUAAUUUUCUUUUAUCCUUUAGGUUUGAGGUUUCCUUCUUUAAGGUCACACUAAGUCAUUGUAUGGUUUUUGACCUAGCAUGUAGACAUGAACUUAAUUAGAAAUAGAAUAAAAUUGGUAGUAGCAUUGAAAUUUGGCUAAUAUUACCUGAAUUGACCCUUGGGUCUGUAGCUCAUUUGGUAUAGGGGCUGGUUACUUUGCCAAAUACAUGACAGGUUCAGGUUCAAAUCCACCUGGCUUGGCGGCUGAGUCAGCUCACGAAAUGCCUCCUCACAUGUGGUGUGGAGGCGGUUUCUAUGUGGGUCCGGUUGGGGUUGCUGGUAAUUAUCUGAAUUUGGUUGGAUGUUCAGAAGUUUAAAAGUUGGGAAAAAGCAGAAUAUGUGCUUCAAUUCUGUUGCUUUAUUUCAAGGUGGUGUUUGGUUAGAGGUAUUAAGCAGUAAUUAACGGGCAUGGAAAUAAAAGUAACUGUUUGGUUUUAUAUAAUUUAAUAUAUAAUAUAAUGGGUCCAUUCCAUUCUGGUUUAAAUUGAGGGAAUGAGAAUUCAUUCCCAUUUUCAUUUCCUGCUUGAGCCAAACACCCAUUUUUUAUUGUUUCACACUAUUGAUGUUAAGCUAUUGAAAAUCUUUAUCUUUUCAGGGAAAUAUAUAAGACAAUGUAGUUUACAAGAACGAGUGAUUUUGGCCACAAUCAUGGAGAUGUAAAUGCAAAAAGAAUGGUCCAUGUGUGGUAAUUUUCUUGUCCAAAAUUAAUUUGGUCAUUCAUGCAAAGUGUAAUGCUCGUUACUUGGAAACUAAUGGCAUCCAUGAGUGGUUGGUCCUUUCAUAAAACAUUACUCCAUUUUAGACCGUUUCUAGAUGUUAAGGAAGGUAUAAGACUGUACGUAGAAGUUUCAGUUUAAUGAGAUUCAGAUGUUGGAACGGCAAAUCAUGUUCAAGCAGUGGCAAGAACUCCAGAGGCAAAAGAAACUUGUGGAAUUAAAUGAUGGUAGACAACAAAAUGUGAUGGAUCAGCAGCUAUCUUUGAUGCAUUAUAAGCAGUCUUCCGGGACUCAAUAUCCCCUGUUAAAUAAUGGUCUUGCAUCUCAGCAGCUUGAUGGAACUGCUAUGUCUAAUGAAUCUGCCAGUUUGUUGACCAAGCACAACAGUGAAGUGAAUAACCACGACAGAUGUGCAUCAUCACAAGAAUCUGGUUGGCCUGGCCGUUUUUCUGAGAAAAUGGAAAAUGUUGGCAAUAAUCAGGAUUUGGCUAGUUUGGAUCCAUUGGAACAAAAGAUUUUGUUCAAUAUGGAAGAUAAUAUUUGGGGAACUUCGUUUGGCAAGCAUGGUAGCGUGGGUACAGAAAGCUAUGAGAACACCGAUCAUUCGAGUGAUUUUCCUUCUCUUCAAAGUGGGAGUUGGAGCGCUCUUAUGCAGUCGGCCGUCGCAGAAGCCUCUAGCAGCGAUGCUGGGCUACAGAAAGAGUGGAGUGGGUCGAGUUUUAAGAAUGCAGAACUCUCGAAUGAAAACAAGCCUUCUAAUAUUGUGGAAAGUGAGAAGCAUUCAACUCCAUGGCUGUAUAACAAAUUGCCAAAGCCAGAGCUUAUCUCAAGCUUCCCUGGUUUUCAGCAUGUCCCUGCUACCCAUUUUCAGAACCCAAAGAUUAUGCAUUCAGAUGCCAACCACCAGUCCCGUAAGGAAGCUGGUCAGGGUUUCUUGCCAGAUAUUUCGAAGAACUUCAUAGACAGAUCAGCUGGCUUUCCUGCUCCAAAUUCAACUGGUCAGGCAAGCCACAAUAUGCUUGAGCUUCUUCACAAGGUAGACAAAGAAUGUAGUCAUGGAAGACAGUCUGGCUAUACCAAUUCGGCUCCAAUAACUGAGGAGCCUAAAGCUGAACCUGACGAUGCAUUUACUUCAUCACAUGAUAAUUCUUCUCGUUCACAAUGCGUUGGCUUGAAGUUGGCCCCUCCAAGUCAAAGGCAUCUUGUAAAUUAUUUUGACCCAUCUCAGACCACUCUACAAGCGGGUCAUCCCAGUAAACCAUUUCAAGAUCCUCAAUCUAAUAAUAAUCGGCUUCAAAAUCAGAAUUGUAUGACAAACCAAUCUCCGUUAGCAAUACCGUCUUACACAGGAAGUAGACACCUGGAUUUUAGUCGUGAUAUUUCUCAGGAAACAUCCCAUCUAGUUUCAGUGAAGAAUGAAGAUGGUCAACAAUCAACGACUCUCGAGGCCAAGCAGCAUCCUAUGGCGGCAGAAAUGGCUCAACAAACUAUAUGGGUGGAUGUGCCUGUGCAACAAAAUCUUUCUGGCAUGGGACCUUGUGAACCUUCUAGUACCUCAUAUGCAGCAAAUAGCAGGAUGGAAACUGCUUCUGAAGCUUCAAAGGGGUUGGACUACUGGAAGUAUGUCAAAACUGAAAAGAACUACUUAGAAACUGAUGCACAUAUGAACAGUUCACAAGGUCUUGAUGACGGGAGAGGCUUUGCCAGUAAAACCCACAUCGAAAGAGAAACUCUUUCAGGAAACCUAGAAACAAGUGAUGGUUCUAGUUUACUGGUGCAGGGAUCUAAUAGAGAGCAACAAGAUGGCAAUCAUACCCUUCCAAUUUCUCCAGGAAAUCUCGAGGCCUUUGGGCGUUCUUUGAAACAAGCAGAUGCUCCCCCUCAUAAUCAUUCCCUUGUUAACCUCACAAAUUAUGAUCCCAGUAGAAGGGCAGUGAUAAAGAUUGAAAGGGUAACUUGUGACGAUAAAAUUCCUCAAGCUACCUCGCUUGCCCAGCCGAAUUCUUAUGGGAAUUAUAUGAAUCAUCCCGGCUCAUCAGCUGCAACAGGAGAUCAGUUGGCCAAAAGCUCAUCUCAACCUCCUCUUCAAGAUACCUCUCCAAAUAUAGCCACAUACAACAAAGCUCCCUCCUGGUUAAAGACUCACGAGGCUUCAAAUAACGAGCAGAUGUCCAUGAAUGAUGCAAAGAUCAGGAAUAAUGCUUCACAACAUCUCUUGGUUGGAGGGCCUCCUGGAAGUCUGGAAAGAAAUUGUUCUUUGGUGCAAGUAGCUAGCAUUGAUCAAUGUGGGAGUGUGGGGCCAAUUACUGGGACCAAUGAUGCGGCUCUUAGACAUUUGCCUUCCUUCUAUUCGCAACACUUAAAUGUGGCUAACCAAAAUAUGGUUGUUCUAAACUCAAAGAAGAGAAAAUGCUCUACAUCCGAACGUCUAACAUGGCAUGAAGAAGUGACUGAAGGUUGUUUAGGGCUUCAGGAUAUGAGCAUCGCUGAAAUGGAGUGGGCACAAUCUGUGAAUCGGCUGCCUGAAAAGUUGAAAGAAGAGGUCGGAAAAGUAGCACAUUCACUUUCGGUGGUUCACCCAAAGAGAAGACUCAUCUUAACAACGCAGCUUAUGCAACUGUUAUUUCGGCCUGCACCAACCAUGGCUCCCUCAGAAGAUGCUACUGCACAUUCUGAUACUGUGACAUACUAUGCAGCUAGAUUAGCACUGGGUGAUGCAUGUAGCUUGGCUGAUCAUUCUCGCACGCCUCAUUGUAUAUUUGGCUCGUCAUCAAGGACAAGCAUGAUUCCUAAAAGCUUUAAUCACCUGGAUCUUUCAAAAACUGUAGAAGGCUUCAUUGAUAGAUCAAAGAGGCUGGAAGACGAGUUAUUGAGGUUGGAGAAAGGAGAGUCAUCAAUUCUGGAUGUAAGGGUGGAGUUUCAAGACUUGGAUAGGUUUUCAAUCAUCAACCGUUUCGCCAAGUUCCACGGUCGAGGGCCAUUGGUUACAGCUGAUACAGCAUCAUCUGGCAGAGCUUCCACUGUGCCGAAGCGAUAUCCUCAGAGAUAUGUUACAGCUAAUCCAAUGCCCAGGGUGGUACCAGAAGGACUACAUUGUCUUUCACUAUGAUAUUAAGUUCGAUACACUCCCUUCUCUACCAUUAUGUAGUCCUCAUGCUUGUCUAACUACACCUAAGUUUCAUAUUUUUGAACCAAAUCAACUUUGACAAAGUAUAUAACGUUUUUGUACAUGUUAAUGAGAUGCUAGGGAGCUUUUGGGAGUGACCAAA